GCUUGCUUCCCACAGCCCCGCUCCCGUUGGCUCCCGCUGGCUCCCGCUGGCUCCCGCUGGCUCCCGUUGGCUCCCGUUGGCUCCCGCUGGCUCCCGUUGGCUCCCGCUGCCGGCGUUUCCCUCGCUUCCCUCUGCUCCUCCAGCCGCUGGAACAGCUCCGGGAAGGAUUUUUUUUUUUGGUGUUUGGCUUUUUUUUUUUCCCUCCGGCUGCUGAGGCUGGCAGAGAGCUGCAGGCUGCCGUGGUGGGCAGAAGCGGCUUGGCUCCUUCCCAGGAGAGGAAAGGGAAGGGAAGGGAAGGGAGGAAAAAGGGCAGGGGGAGCCGGGAGGCCGGAGGAUGCUGGCGGCCGCGGGCAGCCGCAGGGAUGCGGGGUUGCUAGGAGGCAGGUGAAGGUGAAGAGGAGAACGCUGCGGAGAACCGACCGCAGGCCCAGAUCCGCAUGCCAGACCAGAACAGCACCGAAGAUGGGGAGUCAGACCCCGAGCACAGCUUGUUUAUCAUCUUCCUCCUGGUCCUUGUCUUCUUCAUCAUGGGGCUGGUGGGUUUCCUGAUCUGCCAUGUCUUGAAGAAGAAGGGGUACCGGUGCCGGACGUUCCGGGACGAGCUCGACCCAGAUAACAAAGACGUGCUGGCAGAGCUCCAGGCCAAUGAAGAGGAGGAGUUGAACGAGGACACUGUGGAGAAGAUUGUGAGAUGCAUCAUCCAAAAUGAAGCAAACGCUGAGGCCCUCAAGGAGAUGCUGGGGGACACCGAAGGGGACAUCCCAGUGCCAGUGCCCAGCCUUUGUCCUCACCGCAACAGCCAGGACGGGGGCCCGCCGCAUCACCACACAGUCCACCUGGGCUCCACCCAGGCCCCCUGCAUCCACUGCAGCAAGAGGAAGAGGCCCCCCCUGCAGCGCCAGGGCCGCUCCAAGGAAGGCAGAGGCAGGAUGCACCCUGGGGAAACCACUGUCUUCUCCGUGGGCAGGUUCCGCGUCACACACAUCGGGAAGAAGCCAGCCUUCCAGGAGCAGCAGGACGGAGCCCUGCCCGCCGCCAGCCGGCCGCCGAGCACCGAGGAGCUGGAGCGCAGCGGCGAGCGGCUCCAGCGGGAGCGGGCUCCCAACGGGACUCUCCCCACCGGCGGCCUGCGCAACGGCACCCUCCAGAAAGGCUCCCAGGGCGGCCGGAGCGGCGAGCAGAGCCGCUCCACCACCCCCAACACGCCAGCCAGCUCCGGCCGGCGGGCGCCCAGAGGGGCGCCGCAGGAGAGCGCCACCGCCCCCGGCAGCGCCAGCCGCCAGCGCAAGCUCCUGAGCCUGCACCGGGUGCUGGGAGGGUCGAGCCCCAGCAUCCCGGGAGAGCUGGCGCUGGAGGAGACCGGACUGGGCUCGGCAGAUGAGGUGUCGGAUAUUCACGGGAGCCUGAGCCUGCAGGAGCAGCCUGAGGAGAUGGGAAGGGAAGACGGCAGCAGGAAACAGCCUGGAGGGGAGGAUGGGGGGCAGCAGGAGCCCAGCGCCGCGGUGCAGGACCGAGGAGCAACUGUGUGAUCUCCUCUCCGUUCCCGGCUGGAGCGUCGGGCAGGAGGCGAACGGCCCCCGGCCCCCCGACACCGGACUCGGGGUGGGGGCUGUGCCAAGGGGGGG